AUGAGACUCGAGGCGGAGCUGGCAGAUACUUCAGAAAAGACAGAGAAAAUGGAGCUAACUGAAGAAAAAUAUAGAAGCAAAGUCGAGAAUUUACACCAAGAACUGGCAAAGUUACAGAGCCAGCUAGACAAGGAGAGAAAUAACCAAACAAAGCUCCAAGAAUUUUUUGAAGAACAAGACAACAACCAACGCAAACUUAUUGACAAUCUAGAGAAAACAAUUUUUAACUUAGAAAAAACUAUAAAAGAACUCACUUCCAAAUCGGAGUCAAUAAAAUCAGUAAUCCCUCAAGCUACCAAUACGGGACGUUGGUAUUCAAACAUGCUCACAUACAGGAGAGACUCUCUUGCCAUUGAUAACAAUUACCGAAUUGACUGCCCUUAA